GUAGAUAUUACCCGGUCAAUCACGUGCCAGCAGAUCAUCCUAAUGUCCACAUAAAACAGAAGUCCACAGCCAGAAUCUGGUGCAUACCCGGAUAAACCGUCGACGCUGUAGGGUGUUAAUACCAGACUCUUAACCGUACAUCUUAUUGUCACUUCAACAUGGAUGAUCUAACCAAGGAUCAAGUUGCUCUUUUGAAAAAGGCCUUCGACGCCUUCGACCACGACAAAAAGGGUAGCAUCGGAACUGACAUGGUGGGGACGAUUUUAACAAUGUUGGGUUACGAGCUCAGCGAAAAGACACUGAAGGAAAUCAUCACGGAAGUUGACGAAGAUGGCUCGGGACAAUUGGAGUUUGAGGAGUUCUGCACCCUGGCUGCCCGAUUCUUGGUGGAGGAGGAUUCGGAGGCGAUGCAACAAGAGCUACGCGAGGCGUUCCGGCUGUAUGACAAAGAAGGCAACGGCUACAUAACAACUGCGGUGUUCCGCGACAUCCUUCACGAGCUCGACGACAAACUGACGCCGCAGGAACUGGACAUGAUGAUCGAGGAGAUCGACGCGGACGGCUCGGGAACUCUGGACUUCGACGAGUUUAUGGAAGUCAUGACUGGCGGUGACGAAUAGAUUGUACGGUGGGCUAAUUAAGAAGGACAGCGGCUACGAUCAAGCGCCGCAACGAUUGACACGAAUGCUGUUUCGUACCUGAUACCACCCGAAGGGCAAAGAUUUCGAUUGGUCGACGUGUGAUUAACUCGUGUGCUUGAUUACUCGGACCAUUUCCGGGGUUCGUUGAACCACGUUUUUCUCAACAGUCGUCAUCCAUACGGCAACGCUUCCUCGUAAACAAAGAAAAUUAAAAAAAAAACACUGUGCUAAGGGAAGAUGCGUAAAUGAGGUACAAUAAAGAUUCCAAAACAGACAAAAGACUUUUCUUGAUUGCGGAGAGAUCGAAGUGAAAAGCGACGCGUUCUAACCCUAUGUAAUAUAUCUCUAGAAGCGGAAAUCGAUGAGAUUCCGUGCAAUCUGCCAUUCCGCCGCGGUCUUGUUUGUCGUAUCGAUCCGACGCCUAGACGACUGCAAUCGCGCUUACGCUCGUGGCGCGCGGUGAAAGGAGCACAGGCGGUAAUAAAAACCAGAGAAAUCCACUGAUUAUCAGAGAGAUGUAUAAUUACCGUGAAUAAUUACGGGAAGAAAGUAAUCGUUCAAUCUCGUCCGAUACUUUUUCUCUCUCUAUCUAUCUAUCCUCCGU